CCACGAGACGCGUGACAGAUUCGUAGGAGGUUUCCUAUAGGUUAAAACAGGCAGUGUGUGUUACAAUGAGGAAAAGGGAGUCGCGAAAUGAAUUGAAUGUGUAAAUAAAGUAAAGCUGAUUUCGUGGAGACAUGAGGUUUACUGUGUACGCGUUUUUCGGCUUUGCUCUCGGGGUUUUGCUCGUGGGGUUGCGGGAACUGUUGUUUGGUUUCGAGGAGAACCGAUGUAGCAUGACAUACAUGUUCGAGUACCCAGAAUACCGACGCGUCCCGCUUCCGCGCCGUGUCGCGCGCCAGUAUCCAUCAUACGGACUGUAUCUUUAUGGAGAGGGCGCAUAUGCUCUGGAGACCAAAGGACUCAAACUCACGGGUGCUCCUGUUCUUUUCCUGCCUGGCAAUGCAGGGAGCUACAAGCAAGCACGUUCUCUGGGUUCUGUGGCAUUAAGGAAGGCUGAGGACUUGGAGGGGCCGAUCCAUAUGAACGUCUUCACCAUUGAUUUUAAUGAGGAGUUGGUGGCUCUGUACGGGGGCAGCUUGCGCAGACAGACUCACUUUCUUCAUGAAAGCAUUAAAGCCAUCUUGCGCCUUUACAAGGACCAGCCUGACCCCCCAACAAGUGUGGUUUUGGUGGGUCACUCCAUGGGUGGGAUUGUAGCGAGAGCAUUGUUCACUCUACCACGCUUCAACCCACAACUGGUCAGCCUUAUUAUCACCCAGGCUUCACCUCAUCAGGCACCUGUGUUGUCUCUGGAUCCUUAUUUACUGGAGUUUUAUUCCAGUGUCAGUAAGCGCUGGGCCACAGGUGCUGAAGAAUUUCGGAAUGUAACUGUUCUGUCUGUUGGUGGGGGUUAUCGUGACUACCAGGUGCGCUCAGGUUUGACUGCGCUGUCCUGCCCCAUUGAUGACCUCAAUAAAAAGUCUCUAGUGGUGACUGCAGUUCCUAGGACCUGGGUUUCCACAGAUCAUCUCUCCAUUGUAUGGUGCAAGGAGCUGGUUCUUGCCACGGUCAGGUCAUUUUUUGAUCUUAUUGAACCAGAAACAGGACAGUUUACAGAGAAUCCACAGAAGCGAAUGUCCGUGCUAAACUACCACUUCAUUAGACACCCGGUACAGCGGCCUGGCGAAAGACAACAAGCUCCUGUCACUUUCUCAGCUCCUCCAGAGGCAUGGAAGGAGGUCAACACGCUCCGUCUGUUUUAUAGUGCUCCCAAGGAUGCUCAAGCAAAGUACUUCAUGUUUGCUCUUUCCAGUCGAAGGAAAGCUUACAGUCACUUUCACUGCCGCAGUAAUAAUCUGGAAAUGUCCAGUUGGCUGUACGGCUGCACCCACAUUAGUGGCUCAAGUUGUGUGCAGGCAGUAGAUUUGUCAUCUGGGACAGAACUCAUUCCAGCUUAUAAGGCUAUUACAGUGAAAAUCAGUGCACUUUCUCAUGUCUCUCAUCUCAUCAUUGAUGCCUCUAACCUCAACGGAGAGCAGUUUGUAGUGGAGUGUGAGCUGCAGAGAGAAGAGAGCUUUACUGUGUCAGUGAAUCUGCCCCAUGUGCUGUCCUUUGGUUUGACUGUCAGUGACAUUAGCAUUAACUCCUCUGGACUACUCCAUACACUCCAGCUACAAGACUUUCAUCAGGUUUAUCAGGCAUUCAGAAUCACAGUCAUGAGUCACUGCAAGUCCACUAAAGACAGACUGCCAAGUGUGUACAGGUUGAAGGUGCCUUGGUUUCGUGAAGAUUCUUUUACCACAGCAAGUAUUCCAUCAGUAUCUGAGAUCUACGGGAUGCUUCACACCAGCCGUCCAGACAACAAAUCCAGUGCUGUUUUGCAGCUCCACACUGCCCCCAACUGCCAGUAUAAGGUUUCUAUUAGGACUUCGGUUCCCAAAGUGCUUGGGCAGAUCCUGCGUUUCUGUGGCCCGACGCUACCUGUAUAUACAGCAAUAGCACUUCUCCUCAUGAUCAGGGCUCAGAUUAGCUCUUUGAAAAAAUCAGGACAUCCAGUUGGAAUGCAAGAGGCGAUGAGUAAAUCAUUACACCUCCACACACUGGAACUGCCUGUCUUACUGCUGAUACUGCUACUCAGACAGAGUUGGUUUCGGGAUGUCUGGUCCUCGUUGGGUCUCCCACUAGUGGAUACUCUUCCAGUAUACCCUAUAGAGGACUUAUCUCAAGAUUCAAACCCACUUGCACAGGAAUGGCCCCGGCUGGUGUCCCCGCUGCUCUGUGUGCUGGGUGCAGUCAUUGCAUUCUGGGGUAGCACGGUCCUUAGAGUUUUUGUCCGUUUCCUGUCCUUUGUGCUUGCUCCACUGCACAGACCUUCAGUGUCGCGGGACUGUGGCACUUUUCGUUUUCGCACUCAAAUUCUUCUGAUGGUGUCGUUGAGUGCGCUGGGUGGCGUCACGUGUGGUGCUCUGGCUCUAAUGGUCUCCACUUUCCUCCACCUCUACAGGGUGCUUAGAUUACAGAUGACAGAAAGAUCGCUGAGCCAUGUACUGAAUCUGGCCCCUCAGAAGGCAUCACAAAACUCAGAGAAUGGUUUUAAUGGUGGCGACUGUCACAGUAAAAAUAAAGAAUGUAAUGGCACACCACUACUGUCAGAAUCAUUGCUUGAAGAUGUAAGAGAUGAUCUGGAGCUUCACCUUAGCCUGUCCACACUGCUGACCCUUCCCAUGAUGCUCAGCGCCCCUUCCCUUAUCCAUUGGAAUCGCAAUCUUAGAUAUUGGGUCCAUCUGGAUCCUGACCCCUGCUGGCCUCACACGCUGCCCCUGCUCAUUAGCACUAUAUUGCUGGUCAACUGUAACACACAAAGACUCAUCCGGAGCAGACUGAUGCUGAAGCUGAUGGUCCGCCUGCUGCUGCCGCUUUGUGUGGGCAUGCUGGCUUUCUGCCCUCUGCACAUUUACCGGGUCACUCACUUUCUCUCUGCAGCGCUGACCCUUUUGGUCUGUUCAUGUUACUUUUGACCUCCUCACAAACCGUAGAUUAGAACCAGACCAAGAAUUUGUGAAUAGCCAGACAGCCUUAGAACCAUGUGUGCAUUCAGUGGGAUCAAAUGGACGGGUGACAUCACUGGACCAGCACAUCCAACGUCGUGUGAUUUGUUGUACGUCGUCAUUUGUAGCCUCUGAACAGGGUAUUUAAUUUUUUUUGUUUAAAGCUGGUGCGUAUUGCGGUUUGUAUUUAUGAACAAAAUUUGUUCAUUACGGCUAAUUUCCCAGACAUGAGUGUUCAGUGAUUGUUAUUUUUAGUGUAAGAUUACAUUUAAGGCAUGUAUGGGGAAUUAGCUGGUAAUGUAAAUACUGUAUGUGACUCUGUGUGCAGAGAUGGAAAAGAAGGGUUUGAAAAUCCAUGAGAUUUAAUACUGGUGUUUAAAGUCAACAUGAAACCAUAAUUAACCCUAUAAUUUUUUUUUAAUGCAUAAGCAUUUACAACAACAGGAUGUUAACAUUACCUAGUGCAAUAGAGUAUAAUAUCAAAUAAUGAUCAAUUUAAAAUAGAAAUAUAUGUUACACAUAUCGACAUUCUCUCAUAAGUGAAAUUGUGACCUUGUGAUUCUCAGUGGAGUUUAAGGGGAACCACAAUUGACCACAAACUAAUUUUGAUCUGGCUGUACUAUUCAUAAACACGCAUUAUUUAUUAACUAUUUCCUGAUGGAUAAAAUAGAUUUUGUUUUGUUCUGAAAUGAUGUAUAUAAAAUAACUACAAUAUAAAGGGUUGUUGUUGUUUCAUGUUGAUCUUUAAGAGUAUGAAAACCGCUUUGAAUGUUUGUUUAGCUAUUCUGCAGUUGACAUGGCUGGCUACAUCAUUCUGCUUGUUUUUCAAUGUGUCUUUUUGCCUUAAACCAUUUAGCCCUGAAUGCCCAAACUUUUUGUUAGACAGAUCCGUACAUGUACAAACGCCCCGAUUGCAUUUAGCCAAAACUGUAAGGCAACAUCUCGAAAUGUUAUCAUAGAUUUUGUGCACACAAAAAAAGUGUAUUGAAGCAGGAGCAAUAUGAUGAUUUUUGCGCAAUAAUUGAUGUUAAAAAUACAUCGUGGUUACAUUCACGUAAUAGUGUAGUCUCAUAAAAUGAGGCUAAGAAUCACUGCCACAAUCACAGUAGCCAUGUAAUCAUUGCUGUCUGCACAGAUCUCAACUUUCCUUGCUUGUUUCUGGAUCUUCAUAUGCUUCUCAGCAGCGUUUGUCUGAUGUGAUGUAAUUUGUCAUUGUGUGUCAAAUGAAGGAAUUGUGCCUUUCUUGUAAUAUGCCCCUGCUUCUUGUCAGUGAAGUCUUAUAUUUAAAGCAGAAAAGAUUUAGCCGUGUCCCCUCUCACAGACUGUAGUCAAAAAAACAAAAAAAAAACACUUGUAUGACACAGGCUUGUGUCAACUGCACUGUGACUGUACGUGUGUGGGUGCGUGUGUAUUUCAGAAGAAUCCUUAAAUUCUUCAUGAAUGAAAAUUGAUGGGUGAGGUGUUUUAUUGUGUGAUGUGAUUUUGCUCAGCAUUGUUCUUUAUUAGAGCAUUAUUGUGGUGAAAAUAUGCUGCAUUUUCCUAACAAAAAUUAUUAUGAUUGUUGUCAUUGGUGUUCACUGUGAUGUGCCACAAUAUUUGGAAGCCAGGAUCUUAUGUCUGCUGAUCCAGGACCGGGCAAUGUUCAUGUAAAGAUAAACUGAAGUCGAACAGCAGCUCUUUAACCCUCUUUCACCUUGCAGCAAUGACAGCAAUGUUUGUAUUAUUGCUAGCAAGGCUCUUGCUUUGAGAAAUGUUAAAGAAAAUGUUUAAAUGUGGUAUUUUUUCUGCUAUAGCAGUUGUAUAUGAAUUGCAAUGAAAGUUUUAUGGAAAUGUGUUUUUUAACAGCAAUCUGUUAUGCUAUAGGUAGCUGUUAGGUAUGUGUAAACGGAAUAGAAAGCAAAGGGCCGUAAUACAAAAAACUCAAACUAUAAUUGACAUUCAGGAACAAAGAGUGAACAAAAACCUACAAGCCUUUGCAUUCCACAGGUGUAUUGUAUUUUAUGUGGGAAAUCAAUCAAAAUAUAGCAUUUCUGUUUAAAUUGGGGUGGAGCUUUAGACUGUUUUACUUUUUAUAAAAUGCAUCUCACUGCCUCAUAAACCUAAAUGCUGUUGUGCUUUAAUAUAGUUUUAUAUACUGUAACAGUGACCAACGCUGCUGUUUUGACUCAUCUGUUAUGCCAAAACAGACAAAACUCUAUAGAGAUUUAUAAAACAAAUCAAUACAUGUGUUAUAAAUUAAGUGGAUAAUGUUACUGUACUUACAGUCUUAACUGAAAGCUGAGUAAUGGUUAUUAAGAUUAUUCGUAUUUUGAAUACACUAAGAAAAAAUUUAUCUGAAGUACAUGGCUCAUUCAACAACUUUUUAUAGUUUAGUAAUAUUUUACUUGAUUAAAAUUGUUUACUCAAAGAUGUCAUUAAUCAAAGUGCAGUUUUGCUUGGUUUGUGGUGCUUUUGUAACAUAAUCAUAUUUCACUUGUGUAUACAGUAACUACCAAAACUGUAACUGAGUGUAAAUGCUUCUUUUGUACUAAUUUGUGUUAAAGCACUGUCAAUAAGCACACGUAUGCUAUCAUAUUAGUAAUUAUGGUGUUUAGCCAAAUUUUGCAUCCUUGGCUUGCCAAACCGCAGUGCUACUGUGAAGGAAUUGUGAUCAUUGUUGUCUUAAUGUGGUGACCAGGACAGAUCAUGCUCCUGAUAUAAGCAUCUUAUGUCAUUAUUAGAGAUAUGCUAGAAAGUGUCAGAGAUGUUGUACACUUUUGUUUCGUAAUUAAAUUGUUUAAGUGCAGGAUAACAAUG